UUUAGAAAAAAGUUUAAAUCAAAUUCGAAUAAGAGCUUUGGAUAAGUGGGAAUCUCUCUAAGUAUCCAUAAGCUGCGUGAAAAUCUGGAAAGUUUGAGGUUUCAGAUAUCUGAACUUGCCUGACUGAAAAAGUUCCAAAAUCUUUGAACAUGACUCAGCAAAUGAAAGAGACUCUUCAAACCAGUGAAGAUACUUCAAGGGAUAUUUCAGUUCCCAGGCCUACUAGUAGUCUGAUCCGACUUAUCCGCAUUGAGCACAACUACAAUUGCAUUCUUCCUGAUAAGCGAACAGAAAUCAAGUCCAAACGAAAUCUGCGCCAGUUGGUUUGUUUCUUGAAUGCAGAGAAAAAUCUUGGGCCACUUGACUUUGCGGAUUUAAGGCAGCAUACUCUUAGGGCAGAUGGGAUCCUGCAUCGACUUCGUCGAUUUCUUGCCAGCAACCGCAGAUUCAUUGACUUUAGGCCAAUGUCUGUACUACAAGAGGCCAUUGUGGAGCAUUUGGCCAAAGAGAAGCGCUGCUCGACCAGAUUUUAUGACGAUCACGAUGGCGGGCGGUACUUGGUUGCCUAUAGGCCCGGAAUCGAACCCAAUUCCUUUGAGUUGAGGGCUCGCGAAGUUAGCCCUAGCAAGGAUUUUAAUCAGACCAUUUGCCAGCAGAUAGAGAAGCCAGAAAGCCACCAGAAAACAUACGGAGACCACCAGAUGCGCCACAUGGCAGAGAACUCCUUUCAUCUGGGCAGGAAAAUCUUUGAGAAGUUCCAUGCCAAAAGAAAGUCCCUACAACGGAAUGAAAAAACGUGA